AUGAUUUCUGUCUUUCGGCCUUUUGGCCCUUUGGUCUUUUGUUCUUUUUGUUUUUUUUUCAUUUACAAGUUUUCUCUCUUCUCUCUCUUUCCAACAUUUAUUAUAUUCACAGACUUUCUUGACACUCGCAUUUUGUUACCUUCUGAUGCAUCUCCUUCACAAUGUCCAUCCAGAUUAGCUAAGGCCAUAUCGCCGAAAUUACUCUCUACUAUUAAACAUGGUUAUGAAUAUGAUAAACCUCCCUCUCAUGAGCACAUCGCGAAUCAAGAACUUUCAUUUCAUACGAGUGUCAUUGACAUGACAAUAUCAGCGUAUUCUAUGUACUCUCUUGGUCUGCAAAUAAAUCCUUUUGCUUCAGAUCGGAGAAGUGUAUGGAAGCAAACAGUACAAGAAGAAGUCUCUAAGAUUGGAUAA